AUGCUCAUAUUUAUUUUCAAGGCUUACAGUUUACUAGAGUACAAUUGUGGUACAAUUCCUGACAACGCACAUAGAGUAGUUCUUGGAACUGUUACCGUUGGAAGUAAGUAAACAUUUCCAAAAAUAAAUUAAAAAAACAAGAAAAUAAUAUCCCUAAAAAGAAAUUGAAGUAGCCUCGGUAUUUAAGGGAAUAUCUGGGAACAUAUAGAGAAUAAUACAUGAGCGCGCGUAAAUAUGGAAUUUCUCUUCGAGUUGAACACGAGAAGAGAAAUUCCACAUCUACAUGUAUUACUUUGUUUAUUAUAUAAACAGGAUAAUCCUUUACUGAGAAUAAAAGCAGACUUUAUUUAUGAAUGAAAGUAAAUGAAUCGACAAUCCCCGAACAACAAUCGUAAAGUGCGUCGGCGCUAACUCUUAAGAUAGAAAAUGCGUUGAAUCAUGAUUACAAAAACAACAAUGGUCGUAAUUUUCAAUUUACAAAAUUCUUAUCUAUUGACUUUUACUGACAGCAGAAGUCUUUCAGGUAAACGGCCAAUCCUUCCAGUUGUCGAUUUUCAUUCUCAGCCGAAAGAAAUGGUUACACCAAAGCCACUGAAUAAGUAACUUUCUGUUUUUCUUUUAGUAAAUUGAUUUUCUUCCCCUUCUAGGAACGUUUGAACUUUACUGUCUGUCAGCAAUACGGUUUUUUCAGUGUUUUAGCCGCCAUAAUUGGAGGAAGCUGCGACAAACAACUUUUGUUGAGAAUCGUGAAGGCUUUGCCGUUCAUUCGUCAACUUGACCGAGUGGCGCCAAAGGCGAGUGACGUGUCAGCAGCUGAUUGGCUAUAUCAACACACGUGUAAAAAAUAAGACUUUUUUUCACGUGUGUUGUAACGGCUUUUCUCAGGGCCGGAAAUACUUUUAUAACGCCGCAGUUUAUGCGAUGAAAGGAUAUACAUACUUAUAGUGUGUUUCAUAUCGAAACAUGGUCUCCAUAAAUCUAACUUGCAGAUCCACUUUUCUGGCUUGAGGGUAAAACUUACUUCAGUGCGCCCCAAGGAGGGACAAUCUCAGUGAGAGGUAAAUAAAUACACUAAAAGGAAUCUUAGUGGAGACUGCUGGUCUUUCGCUGCAUGUGUAUAUACAAUUGAAAUCUAGAGAUAUGUUGAUGACAAUAAUAAUGAAAAGGAUAAUGAUGAUAAUAAUAUUGAUUAUAAUAAUGUUGAUAAUACUAAUAAUACUAACAAUAAUAAUGGUAAUAAUAACAAUACUUUUCUUAAUGAUUAGCAAAAAAAGACAUCAACGUUUCGGGAAGAUCGAAUCUUAACGUAAGUAAAAUGCUUCUGUAGGGUAUAGCUUCUUAAUAUUUGACCUCCAAGGUUUACACUUCCAGGUUUCACUUGCAAUUGCUUUGAUUUUGUAUAACGACAGGCUGCUACAAAUAUUGUCGUAAAGACAUCUACUGCCCCACAUGCAUUCGGCAAGUAUACUUCCACGCAAGAGCUGGUUCGAGCAAGUGUGCUGGGCAUGUUCAUGCCGAACGUGAUCUUGACUGCAAAGUGCACUGUGCCACAAGAGAUGUGAAGGUUCCGAGUGUUCCUGGGAAAUACCAUGUCAGGGUAAGUAUAAUCUUAUGAAAAAUUUCAUAGAAACACAGCGAGUUUACCGAUUGAUCAGCAGACCUUAAAAUCUGGUAGAGGGCUAAAGAAGUUUAUUUUCUGAAUGCUAUUGCGCGUUCAUUUGUUGUCUUUGGAUAUCGUUUCAUUUGUUUAGCUUUAGGUACAAAUUGAUUUUUGAUCAAAUGUAAGAAAUCGCGUGUACCAGUUCGCGUUUAAGAGCUGAAACCAUACUAGUGAUAGAUGGCAGAAGUCUGUGGGUGACAAGCUCUACAGUCAAUAAAUGUUGACAUUUUUGAUAUGAACUAAGUUAGUGGAGGCUAAUAAGACCUUAUCAAGAUGGUCUAUUAGUGAACUUAAUUAAGUUUUACCAAGUGUUUACUUUUCUUCAGAUCUAUGAGCUUUUGGAAUAUAAAUGUCGCGAAAACAACUUUGAUGGUGGCGUUCCUGUUGGGACUGUUCAUGUCUCAGGUAAAAAAAUAAUAUACCAUUUCCACAAGUAUUAUUGUUGUCAUGAUCAUAAUUAUUCUGGUUGCAAUUUUCUCCAAAUAUUCACUUGCUUAAUCGCUUAUGGAACAUUUUAUGAAAUAUGUUUCUUUAGAUUUGUGUCGGGAAGAACACUCUCUGUGAGAAAAAUUAAUGUGUCUUAACAUUUCACGCGUUUUUUCAUUUUUUUUAUUCCACCUUUUAAUAUAUCCCAACAUCUUGGUACAUUUACAUUCCUCUAUAUCCUAACUGAUAACAUCAUAACCGCACCAAAUUAUGUUGCAGACAUCGAUGAAUGUAAGGCGGGAAAUCCUUGUAAGAAUGGCGGAACAUGCGUCAAUACCAUCGGAUCCUACAAAUGCCUUUGUCCCAAGGAAUUCACUGGUAAAUUCUGCGCGGAUGGUGAGUUAUUAUGACAAAAGUGCUGUCUAGUUGCUUUCUAUUCUCAUUACGCAAUUUCAAGUAAAGAGAAAAACAAAACAAAACAAGCAAACACACGAACAAACUGAAGCCGAAAGAGCAGAAACGGUAGAGUCAAUGAAAAAAAUUUAAAUGGGGUAGCCUGAUCAUGAUAGCAUGUUGACCCAGCUUUGGGUCGAUAUCAGACUCAACUCCAAUGUUUGGCUGGAAGGGGUUUGGGUAGGUACAUUAACGUAUAACCAGGAGAAAGAAAAUUUACUUUUUAAAAUUUUUGGCUAGUCGUCUCGAGAAUAAAACUGUAGGGAUAGGUCCCAGCAUAUCUCGCUAUUUUGUAAGGUUACGCCAUUUUUAUCUGUCUGGUUUCAACAGAUGUAAAUGAGUGCAGCAGUAAGCCUUGUAAGAAUGGAGGAAGUUGCCAAAAUAAGAUUGGUGGAUACAGUUGCAGCUGUACAUCAGGGUGGGCCGGAACGGACUGUGACGAAGGUGACAGUUCUUCUAAUUUUUGGACGAAUUAUAAACAUAAACUCAAUGGAGACGGAAAGUGUGAGAGGGCCUGUCUUGAGCUCAUCUAGCUUAGGAAGCACACUUUCCAAUUUUAGUAAGGCUUUAUUUUAUAACAGUUAAAGAUAGACAAAAUGAGAUGAUAAGUGGUUAAAACAGUGUGGGCGUAAAAAAUCAUAAGAGGAUACCUAGGCCUGCUAAUCAUUUUGAAAUCGUAUUUUUGAAGCAGGGUCUCUGAGGAAAUUUGCAUCUAACCCACAGAUAUAAACGAAUGUUUGAAAGAUCCUUGCAAGAAUGGAGGCACCUGUAACAACAACGAUGGAGGAUACAGCUGCUCCUGCUUCAAAGGCUGGACAGGAAAGAAUUGUGACCAAGGUGAAUUCAACAAAAAAAUAGAUUGAACGAGAGUACAGAUGGGACUGUUAUGCGUGGGGAAAUAGGUUCCAUGUAGACUCGUGCGACAAAUUCCAAUUUUUAAAGGGAUGGAAGAACGAAAGAACUCUCAAAGACGUGCAAAUUAUUGAUUUAUUAUGCAAGAAAAUAUGUAGCUUUACAUUAUUUCCUUUAUUCCUUUCACAUCCAGAUAUUGAUGAGUGUUCACUUGCGAGUGGAAAUCCGUGUAAGAACAAUGGAAAAUGUUUCAAUCUGUUAGGAUCAUACAAGUGCACUUGCGCUUCAGGUUUUACCGGCAAACAUUGCGAAAAUGGUAGGUUUGAUUGGUAAUUUUUUUUCAGAGUUUGAUUUAUUUAAUUUUUUUUAUCAGACUCUUAACAUUUCCUAGGCACUUAAGUGUACCCUGAAUGAAUAAUCACCCGGCAUCUUUCCUCUCAAGUGUGUCUGUGUCAAUUGAAAAAUGGAAAGUCGACCCUCCAUUACUAUUAAUUCUGAACUGUGUUACUCUGACAAAGCUUUAUCAUCCUUCACGGGUUGCAAAAUGACAAGUUUCUUUCAAGCGUGCCGACUAGAUAAUCAACUUACGAGAGACUUGGGCUGAGGAAAAAACAACUACGAUGACAGCGACCGUCGACGACUCCUAGAAUAUUGCUAAAGUAACUUGGUGUGAUCAUGAUUAUUGAUUCAGAUUUGGAUGAAUGCCUUAGCAAUCCUUGUAAGAACGGAGGAGCUUGUACAAACAAACUUGGAGGAUACCGUUGUAGCUGUGUAACUGGGUGGACAGGGGAACAUUGCGAUGAAGGUAAGAUCUAAUAAGUUUUCUUUCUUUCCUUUAUUUUAAACCAGUUAAAUCCAAAAACCGACUGCUUUUAUGCGGCCUUAAUCUACUGAAAACUCUUUAAAACACAGCAUUUCUGUUAUUUUGCCGAGCGAAUCGAGCAGUUAGGCAUUUUAAUAGCAUUCAAUGCCAUUUUAACCGUUUUUCAUUUUUUUUUUAAUUUUAAAAGACGUCAACGAGUGCGACAAAAAUCCCUGUCAAAAUGGCGGACAAUGUACAAAUCAGAUCGGCUCACAUGUAUGUAACUGUCCGAAAGGGUGGACUGGGAAGAACUGCGAAGUAGGUGAGUGAUCGGUAGCGUUUCUUUCUUUCUGAGUUUUUUUUUUUUUUUUUUUUGUUCUUUUUUUGUCAAAUAAAUCCACAGAAAAUUAAAUUUUCUUCACUUAAGAUCUCGAUGAAUGUUUGGACGGCCCUUGUAAAAACGGUGGCUCGUGCGUCAAUAAGGACGGGGGAUUCAGCUGUACGUGCGCUGCUGGGUGGGGUGGAGAUUUCUGCGACCAAGGUUAGUGAAUUUUGGGAAUAAAAUGGUAAAUGACCUUUACUGAAAUUUCUACCUUCCCUUUUUCUCCAUAGAUAUAAAUGAAUGCGACAACAAUCCUUGUCAAAACGGAGGAACCUGUGAGAACAAGGAGGGAAGUUACAAGUGUAAAUGCGAUAAUAGAUAUGGAGGAGAAAAUUGCGAGGAAGGUAAACGUAUACGUAAUUGGAAGCAGACUGAUAAAUUCUGCACUAAACCUUAGUAGUUUGCAUCGCUUUGUUUCUUUGUUUGUUUUUUGUUUCUUGUCUUUGCUUGUUUGUUUUUGGUUACUGUUUAUUCUUAACUUUUGCUUUCGUUAUCUUUUUUGACCUUAUAAGAAAAGGCGUAGCUAUCAAGUAAAGUCAAUUCUGAGCUGAUCGCAGACGAGAAGUUUCUUAAGGGAGGGGCUGAAGGGGUUGGCUGAUGCUCUGUAUAUUUAGGCCAUAUCUGUUCCAUCGAUUAGCUCACACGCGGUUAGCGAAGGCUUUGCUACAUCUCAUUCAUCACGAGGUAUGGUAUUCCCCUUUCAGUGCUUGACUUAUGUAAAAAAAAUCCUUGUAAGAAUGGAGGAACGUGCAAAAGCGACCAAGGAGGAUAUACAUGCAGCUGUGUCCCACAAUGGACUGGAAAAGAUUGCGAGCAAGGUAUAGUGGUUUGUUAUGUCACGAGACGAGGAAAAUUGUUUAGGCUCAAAAGGUAAUAUUUCCAGGCUAAUUAAAAUUCUCUUUCAACUAAAUUGUCACCUAUCCAUGAAAAAGCAAUGGUGAGGCUUUUCUCUGGAUCCUUAAAAGAUUGCAAUUCUUAUAUCAUUUUAUCUCCAGAUGUGAAUGAAUGUAAUAACAACCCAUGUCGAAACGGAGCCAGUUGUAUCAACUCACAUGGGGGAUACACUUGUCAAUGCGCCGCUGGAUGGACAGGAGCCAAAUGUGAUCAAGGUAGGUUAUUAAUCUAACUUUAAGGACAUAAGCAAAACAUGAAUAACAAAAUACAGUAAAUUUAAACUUUCAUUUUGUGCAAGAUGAAUUACAUUUUUGUUCGUAUUUGUAACUAAAUGUAUUUACAAACGUAACAAGACAGAAAGACCCUACUAUCGUUAGUUCCUCGCAGCCUAGUUUCUGUGUAAUGAAAAGAGUUUUCACUAGUAGUGUUAUCGUCAUGAUUAUUAUUAUAAUUUUUAUCAUUAUCGACCUACCAAUAAAUAUUUUAUCGCCAUUUAUCGUUUUUGUUUAGCCUCGGAAUAAAGAUAUUUAAAAGGCCCUUAAGUCUGAUCUGACUUCGUUAUAUAAACAUCUUACACUUAUUCAGACAUUAAUGAAUGCAUGAACAACCCCUGCCAAAAUGAUGGAGUUUGCACCAACACCCAAGGAGAUUUCACCUGUCAGUGUACAAAACAGUGGACCGGAAAAGCGUGCGACAAGGGUUGGUUUACAGCUCAAUGAUAUUUCUCUAUAGCUUUCUAAUGGGGAAGUUGCGGUGAGAUCCUCUUUUAAGCUAAUGUUUUUAAGAUUUGUUGGAAUGGAUUGAGUGAAGUCACGUGCGUUAGCUAUUCCAUCGAGCCAUAUUUGUGGUCAAAAUACUUUCCCAAAAAAUAACUUCAGUUAUUUCCUUUACUAAUGUCUAAGGUUCGAACCACUGGGUAGUUACUCGAAUUUUAUGUAAGGACAUUAAAAUUUUAAUCUGGCCGGCCAAACAGAUGCCUUCACGAAGAGAAGUCCAUACUAAGUACAAACUCUUAGGUCAAUUCAUGACCAAUGUAAAGAAGCUUUUGUCCUUUUAAGAUGUGAACGAAUGCGAACUUUUCCCGUGUCAAAAUGGAGGUACCUGUCGCAAUUCAAAUGGCGGUUACGUUUGUGAAUGCAUGCCUGGAUGGGAAGGGAAAAAUUGUGAAAAUGGUGAGUAA